AUGGAAUCAUUCACAACGCUUACUACUGGUUCUCAAACGAGCAGCAAGGUCAAUCUCAUUGAAUUUUAUGAUAGAAAUGCUAUCGAUGUCGAUGUCAAUGCUGAUGCCUCUCUUAACCCUGUUCAACAGCAUGUCGACCUCCAGCUCCAUCUAACAAACCAGAAGCUGCCAGCUCGCCAGGAUUGCAAAUUUCCCACAGAUGAAGUGAUUGAGGAUGCUCUGCCAAAGGGAUUCUCGCUUGGCUCUGCUGAGAUGUUUGGUUACAGUGCGUGGACCACUACGGGCAAGCUUGUCGCCCAUUCGUCGGACUCGGAGGAAUCGUUUUUCGUCAAGAUUGCGCAAGGAGAAAUCGGCAGAGUCAUGCUUCUCGGCGAGUUCGAGUCAUCCAAAAUCAUCUAUAAACUGAUGCCAGACUUCAUCCCGGAGCCUAUUGGGCAUAAAAAGUAUAAGCACGCAGACAAGCCCACGUACUUCUACAUGUCCAGAUUUAUUGAUUUCGACACCACAACGGCACAAGAUCCUUCUGAGUUCUGCCAGCGCUUGGCCGAAAUGCACCAGAAGAGUCAGACUCUUUCGGACAAGUUUGGUUUCGGCGUCACGACAUGUGAUGGCGAUCGUCCGCAUGCUGUAAAAUGGGAGUCAGAUUGGGCCGUGUUCUAUCGGAAACUUUUCCUUCACACGCUUAGCUUGGACAUCAAGAAGAAUGGCACUUGGCCUGAGUAUGAGCGUGCGGCGGACCAAGUAGCCGAGUAUGUGAUCCCACGACUGCUGGGAAAACUCACAUGGAACGGACAACCGAUCAAGCCCAGUCUGAUUCAUGGCGACCUGUGGGCGGGUAACACGGGUAUCAACAAAGACACGAACCUGCCGAUGUUGUUUGAUGCCGGUUCGUACUUUGCCCACAACGAGAUGGAGCUGGGGCACUGGGCUUGCGAGUUCUCGGCAAUCUUUGGAAAGAAAGUGUAUACGGACCAGUACCUUGAAUUCUUUCCCAAGGCGGAGCCCGCUAGCGAGUUUGAGGAUCGGAUUCGGCUUUACAGCCUGAAAGGGGGUAUGAACUACUCCGCUGGCCAUGAUGACAGCCGACUGAGGAUUUCAGCUUACAAUAGCAUGCUCUACCUCUGCGAGAAGUAUGCCCCAGUCGACGGCAUCGGUACUUACGAUGAACGAAUCGACCCGAUGAAGACAGGUGCUAGGAUUGUAUCCCAUGAAGAGAUUAGAUGA